AUGUCAAGUGGAACGCAACCGCCGCUGUUAUCAACUCCCGAUCCCGAUCGAAGCUCGCCCAAUCCCGACCGAGGUCCACCCGCCCAAUCCAGCGACCGGAGGAGAGGAGCAGCCGGUGCGGUCGAGGCCUCGAGGGGAUUUAGCGGACGCCAGCCGCGCGUGGGAUCCAGCAUCGAGGGAGCCGACGCGACGCGCGCGAGGGAACCGGCGGUCCAGGGGAACCAGCCAAGGCGAGGCGCCCCGGCCGGUCGAUGCGCUGCGGUUCGUCGCCUGGCUACAGGGCAUGCUCCGCCACGCCGCCUUCUGGGAGAGAGAGGCUGCUGCCGGGCGCCGGCGCUGGCGUGCAGGACGGAGUCGCCGCUCCAAGUGCCAGUUGUUGUUCGCGCCGCCGGGAGCGCGUUCGCAGCGGGCCGUGCCAGCCGUCUCUCGCCGAUGUUGUGCCUGAGGGCUUUGCUGGUUGGGUCGCUGGUGGAGGACGAGGCCAAGCUUGCUCCGCUCUUUCAGAUCCAGGAGUGUAACAGAGUGCUGGGGCGAGAUCUCAGCUUUCAGGCGCAAACACCCCAACCCGUGAUAUGUUUUUACGACGGAUCUAAACUCCUCCGGCACGCUGCUGCCAGGUCCAGGAAGAUGCAAUAUUUAUUGAGUCUGAUUUUUUGGUGGAAACAAACUGGAGGAAGUGAUGUACAACUCAGAAAAAGGGCCACCUUAAGUGCUCAACUGCCACGUCUAGCGGGAUAUGGAGAGGGACACGAAGAUUAUAUGUGUACCGAUGGUUGCGGGUUGAUGAAGACGGACCUGCUGGUGCAGUGAUCACUUCUGACAUUGCCGGUUCCAGCACUCCUGGACUCCUCCUUUACCAACGACCCACAUGCAAAAUAAUGUAAGCUGACAGGCUCCAACUUGAUAAUCUAGAUGACAUGGUCACUAUACUGAGAACUGUCUUCCUUCAAAAGUAGAAAAAAAUGUUGCUCAAUCUGCUUUUUACAGAACAAUGAGUAGCUGGCACUUGCUUCUAUUAAAUAGACAGUCAAUUUGUAGUAUGCAUCAGUACCACAAAAAGCCUUUUAGGUUGCCUGCCAGUUUAAAUGAUCUCUAUAAUGGUAAAUAGACAGUCAAUUUGUAGUAUGCAUCAGUACCACAAAAAGCCUUUUAGGUUGCCUGUCAGUUUAAAUUAUUUCUAUAAUGGUGAUUGGAUAUUGUGGGCUUUGCCUGUCAUUUUAGCAUGCUACAGAUUUCUGCCUAAGGUGAUUAUCAGCUUGAAUUUGAGCAGAAGGCUAAAGCUGUUCUUGGAACUUACAACGGUGUUGUCUUUCCAAAUGAGAAAAGAUGACAAAGCUUUGUUUUAUUACAAUGUUACCUUUUACUAUGCCUGGUCAGAAACAAGCGAAUCCUCUCGAGUUUGUCGAGUUGUUUGCAGUGAUCAUCUGCCAUUUUCUAUUUGUAUAAUGUUUGAAGUUUGUAUGAAUGGAUUCAAUGAAAUUAUAGGUGUCAUACUACUUUGGUCGAGAUUAUGCUUCCAGAUAUUGAAGGAAAUAUGCCCUAGAGGCAAUAAUAAAGUUAUUAUUUAUUUCUUUA